UGUGUCACGUUUGCCUUGGAGUAUAAGAGAUAAUAAAAAGCGCUGUUACAAAGUGACGAUAUUAGUUCUGCUUUUGCCUUCAGACUAUAGACACUUCUGGUUAAUUAUAUGAAUUAUCAUCACUCAUAAAGUUUUUGAUUUUUGCACUGAACCGACACAUUAAAGAUUCAAAAUGCUGAUAAUUUUAUUAAGUUGUCUUCUAAUUCUUAGCACUUCUGCUCAAUCAAUACACAUUGGACGUUGUCCAGAUGUAAACGUUGUUCAAUCACUAGAUGUAAAUAAAUAUACAGGAGUUUGGUACGAAUAUGAAAGAAGCUUUCCAAACCCUUUCGAAUUUGCUGGUAAAUGUGUGACCGCCAAUUACACUAUGGGAGAAAAUGACACAAUAAUUGUUGUCAACAGUCAAAUAUCAUCAAUAACUGGAAAACCAUCGUCAAUUAAAGGAACAGCUGAGGUGGAUGAUGCAGCCUGUGGUAACUCGACAGGAUGUGGAAAAUUAAUAGUCAAAUUUCCAGUGCCAAUAGUUGGUCAAGUCAAAGGAACUUAUUGGGUUCUUGAUACUGAUUAUACUACGUAUAGUGCUGUAUGGAGCUGUACAGAUUAUUACUUAUUCCACACUGUAUACGCUUGGGUAUUGACAAGAGAACAGAACCCCACACAAGCAGUUUUAGAUACUGCUAGAAAUGUAUUUUUAGAAAAUAACGUUGAUUGGAUCUACAUGACUAAAACCGAUCAGGAAAAUUGUUCGUAAUUGUACCUCAUGCUAGUGAAUAUAUUAAUAGCCUACAAUAAUAACGAGUCAAUGAUACUAUAUGAAAAAUAAAGCAAUUAUAUUUUCAUGAUGUGUAACUUUAUUUUUAUUUGAAAAUAAAAUUUGUGUAUAAAAUA